AUGGUUCGGACAUCUCCGACCGAUCACAGGGAUCCAGCUACUAUGAAAUGGUUGACUGUGGCCAUUUUCGAAGAUAAGAAUACCAACGAAUUGGACAACGCUGAGGAUCAAUUGCUGGUGACCCGGAACGGACCGGAUGAUCCAGAGUGCCCUUUCAACUGGUCUCUUACUGUCCAAUGGGGUCUCACAAUUCUGACAUCUAUGGGAGGCUUAGUGACCUUGAUGAGUGUAUCAAUGCUAGCACCAGCCUUGCCUAGCAUCGGCAAAGACUUGAAAAUCAGUGGCAGUGAAGCGAAUAUGGCAGUUUCGAUCUUUGUCCUGGCGUUCGCCUUUGGACCCAUGGUGCUAGCCCCACUGGCAGAGGUGUUUGGCCGGAGGAAUGUAUUCCUGGUUUGCUCGGCCUGGUAUGUUGUCUGGAAUACUGUAUGCGGAUUCGCCAAAACUAAAGGCGUCCUUCUUGCUGCACGGAUAAUGAGUGGAUUGGGAGCGAGUGCUGAGUUUGCUGUAACUAAUCCCGUGCUUAGAGAUUGUUGGCGACCAGAACAGCGUGGAAACUCGUUUUCCAUUGCAACAUUUGUCCCUGAUACCAUCGGAUGGCCUUGGUUAUUUUGGGUUCUAUCAAUCUUCGACCUUGUGUUGAUCGUCUAUGUCUUCUUCUUCCCCGAAACUUACCAUCAACUGAUCCUGCUCCGGAAGGCCAGUUUCGGUAGAAAGGUGACAAUCAGCUUGAUUCGGCCAUGUUGGAUGCUUGCGAUGCAGCCCACUAUCCAGCUCAUGUUAAUCUUCUUGGCCUACAAUUUUGGUGUCCUCUACUUUGUUCUAACCAGCUUCGCCUCCCUCUGGACAGACCGAUACGACCAGUUCGUCCUCAUCAGCGGCCUCCACUACAUUGCCAUAGUCAUUGGAUACACCUACCUGAAGACUGAAGCCGGGGGACAAAUUACACCAGAGUAUCGGAUACCCCUUUUAAUUCCCGGCACAAUUCUGCUUCCCGCGGGGUUGUUUUGGUACGGCUGGUCUGCUCAAGCGAUGGCCCCAUGGAUUGUGGUGGAUAUUGGAGCUGCGGUUUUUGGAUGUGACAUCAUUCUCAGCACGCAGGCCAUGCAGCAGUACGUCAUGGAGUCAUACCGGGACUACGUUGCUUCCGCUAGUGCCGCGAGUCAGUUCCUACGGAGUAUCUUUGCGUUUUGCUUCCCGCUGUUUGCACCUGCGCUGUAUAACCAUCUGGGGUGUGGGUGGGGCAAUAGCGUUCUGGGAUUCAUUGCACUGCGGUUCGAGGUGCCGGAACCGUUUCUCAUUUGGUUCUAUGGUGCGCGGUUGAGGGAGGUGGGCAGAAAGAGGAUGGGAGAGAAUUUAGCAUGA